AUGGCUUAUGCAACAAGCAUUAAACCAUUAAAGCCUGCGAAUUCUUCUUGCUACUUCUAUCUGUUUUGGUUGGGGAACACACAUAAGGCCCAAGAACUGAAGAUCCUUCGUGACUUCACAUGGCAGGUUACAGACCUGGAAUACUCGACCAACUACUCGAUUCAACUGUACAGUUAUGAUGAAACAUUUAAGGACAGCAGUACAAACACGAAGUUUCUUUUCCACAUGACCCCUGAUUGCUUAGAGGUCACCAAUUACAAUCUUUCGAUUUGUGCACCGCUGCGACCUGAAAACGUAUUACUGGAAGUAACGACCCCAAAUCACGAGGACGAACUCAUCCGCACAAUCAAUGUCUCGUUGUCUUGGCAACCUCCUUUACACACACACAAUGGUCACGACGUCAGAUACUAUGAAGUCAUAUACAGCAAGAAGCCUCCAAUGAACGAGCCACAUAAGAUACGUCCCGACAAAGGAACGCUGUCCAAUAUACCCCCGAGCAACAGGCGUAUAGAUAUCGUAGGACUACACAACCACAAUCUGUACAGGUUCGAGCUCUAUGCCGUGACACUUGGGGGCAGGGGAGAGCCGGCGGAACUUCAGAAGUUCAUAGGACUGACUGGUACAGAAUUAUUGGAUGUCAUUGAACUUCGGAAUGCGACACCAAAAGCUACCUACACAGAGAGGCUGAAGGCUGAGGAGCUUUUGUCGAUAGUCGUCGUACCUGUGGUCCUUUUCUUUGUCCUCUUCUUUGUCAUAUGUUUUGUAUUUCUUCGGCGACGACAGAAGUACCAGGGCUUUGCAGUUACCAGAAAAUUUGGACAUGUUGAGGAACUUAAUCCUAUUUAUGACGACUCUCCAAUAAACAUUGCCGUCAAGACAGGCGCAUUUGCAGCGGAUAAUUAUGAGAUCGACUAUUCCUGCCUGGAUUUUAUCUCCGUGAUCGGGGAAGGCGCGUUCGGUAAGGUUGUCAAGGCGGAGUACUACUCAAAACCGAACGAUCGGGACUCCAAGGCCGGCAAGAUAGUGGCCGUAAAAAUGCUGCGAGAUUAUUACACCGGCGAUGAAUCUCGUAGCUUCCUUAUGGAGAUCCAGGCGAUGAAAAACCUCGGCCACCAUCCGUACAUCGUCAGUAUGAUUGGCUGCUGCCUUACCGGUCCCAAUCUCUGUCUUGUCAUGGAUUACUGCGUACACGGAGAUCUUAGGAACUAUCUACGAAAGUAUCGAGAAAAGCUGUUGUACAACAUGUCGUCCACGUUCGCACUGGUGUCAAAGGCUCCGAAGUGCUAUAGGCAGGAUCAGUUACUACUCGCCAAUGAAAAACGGAGCGAUUCCUGUAGUUCAAACACUGAUUUGGACGAGGUCAUAGAGGUGUCUGAAGCUCAGCUUUUGUCUUAUGCCAGACAGAUCACCAUGGGCAUGGAAUUUCUGGAACAACGAAAGUUUGUGCAUCGUGAUCUAGCCGCAAGAAACAUUUUGUUAUUUGAUCAGCGACAUAUCAAGAUCUCCGACUUUGGCCUAACGAGGGAUGUGUACGAAACUAACGUGUACCAGCCCACUUCAGCGAGAAAGCUGCCGUAUAAAUGGAUGGCUAUAGAAUCGCUCUUCAGUCAAAGAUUUACCAUUAAAAGCGAUAUUUGGUCAUUUGGAAUAGUCCUUUGGGAGAUCGUGACCUUGGGUGGUUCACCUUACCCCAGCAUUCCACUGAAGGACUUGUACGGUCUACUCAAGGACGGAUACCGUAUGGAAAAACCUGAAAACUGCAGCACCAAAAUUUAUCAGAUCAUGCUAUCGUGCUGGCACCCUAACGCUCACAGCCGUCCAUCGUUCGUUCAGCUUCGGCUGGAUCUAGAGAAGCUGUUGGAGGAAACCAGGUCCUACAUCGACCUUACAGUGGAGGUCAGCGAUGACUACUUCAAUGAAUCCGUCAACGAGUCUAAUUUGAGUCGAGACGUCAUACAAAAUAUAUCGCUUGCCGAAACUUCUGAAGGUCAAGAAUAUAUUGAGUCAAAGCAACUAUGUGUGGAUAUUCACGACGACCCCAGAACGGAUAAGGAUCGGCUUACGGGUUCGAUAACUCAUGGCAAAGAACAAUUCAAGUCACGUGUCUAUGAAACCAAUGACAAACGUGCUAGAUAUGUUACUCGAACGUUUCAGAAUAACAGUGUCGUAAAGAAAAGCUCGACAGAGAUGAAGGUCCAAGGAGAGUGUAGUGUUUGCGCCACAAGCAUUGACAUCGGCAGCAAAACAGACAUGUGCGACUCGGCCACAAGGAUGUGUGAAAUUUGCAGUACACAAAUGCAACUUGACAAAACAUUCAGCUAUCCAAAGACAGCAAAACAUAAACUGACAUCAAUUAAUUCAUUGAAAGAUAAUUUCAAGGAUAUAUUUGAAACGAUCACGUUAGGGUCACCGAAACUUAAGUCAAAACAAACACAGAAAAAAAGUGUCAGCCUUACGGAUAUCCGGAAUAUGGGUAAUGUUAGAACAACGGCGUUGUAGAUUCAACGGAUGUAAAUGCAAAAUGCAUUUCACGUAUGUUUGUUAAGAACGAAGUUUCUAGCUUUUCAACCAACCUUGCCUACUUAAUACGUGUCUAUUUGCUUAACAUGGUACAUACCUAACUUAUUUGAUUUUAUUUUAAAAGUAUACGUAUCUCACAUGCGAUUAUUGUUGUUAUAUACUGUUAUAUUACACUAAGCGAAACUGAAACUUAAGCUCCACAUUCAUGAAUUCUAUAGCAUGAGGUUCUUUAGUUAUGACAAGUAAUAGUCUGACACAAUUACACAAGAACGAGAAACAACAUAACACCAACAUACAAAACCAUAUAUGAAUAAAGCUUUGGUCACCGCCUUUGAAUGCUCAUUAUGUAUUUAAAUUCAUACGUACAUAUAUUCAAUCAGUAUUUACAAUCAAAGGUUUUUUGUGUGCAAAUUCCUAUGAUAUCCUUCAUGGCUCUGGAACCUUGCGCGAGCACUGCGUUGCUAGGAAUGACACGAUUAACAAAAUAUAUCAAAAUACAUAUCAGAUCUUAAUAUUGUCCAUGGUGUGUAUUUGUGUAUCGUUUUUGGUUAUUAAAUGUAAUAAUCAUAAUUUUAGAUAACUACGAAUGAUGGUUUCGUGUAUAGUUCUUCCGAAUUUGUAAACAUAUUCGCGCUAGAAUGUGUUGACGAAUAAAGCAUAAAUAUAUGCUCGAUUUUAAUAAUUCAAAGUGUUCGUUUUUAAAGAGAUAUAUUUCAAUUGAAUAUAAGUGUCCGCUUUUCGUUGUUAUUGCUUCUAUUAAAAAAUACAUAUAACUUUAAUCAUUAUAUGUGUGUUGUGAUAUGUUCAGAUCUAAAGAUAAACUUAAGGCAUUUAUCAAAUCAUGUGAUUAAAGUUUAACCCAUUUAUUCCGAGUUGGCUCUCCCAUCCUUUUAAAUUGGAUAUUUCCAAAAAAGGGAUGUCUAGUACAUGUAUAU